ACGUCAUUUAAUCUUAGGCUCACUUACUUUGGGUCGGAGGGGAUCCGCUUCCACUCUCCCUCAAUCACUCACUCUGGUUGCUUCCAGACUUGCCAUUAAAAGUUGGUUCCUCUACGGUCCUCUCUUGCAAUUAGUUCGCCAUCUUCAGGACCAGAGUAGGCCUCCACUUCCAAGAUGUCGGAUCUUCAAACCCCACUGCGUCCAAGGAGGAAGACGGCUGUGGUGGACUUUCUUGUUCAAUUCCGAUGGAUUGUUGUUAUCUUUGUUGUGCUCCCCAUCUCCUUCACUAUGUACUUUCUCACAUACCUCGGGGAUAUAAGAUCUGAGAUGAAGUCCUACAAGAGGCGUCAAAAGGAACAUGAUGAAAAUGUUCAGAAGGUCGUAAAACGGCUCAAAGACAGGAACCCAUCAAAGGAUGGGCUUGUUUGCACAGCACGAAAACCAUGGAUAGCUGUUGGAAUGAGGAAUGUUGACUACAAGCGGGCUCGUCAUUUUGAGGUUGAUUUGUCUGCAUUCCGAAAUGUCCUUGAAAUUGAUCAAGAGAGAAUGAUUGCAAAAGUUGAGCCCUUAGUCAACAUGGGGCAGAUAACCAGGGUAACUGUUCCAUUGAAUCUCGCCCUUGCCGUGGUUGCUGAGUUUGAUGAUCUUACCGUUGGUGGUCUCAUUAAUGGCUAUGGAAUUGAAGGAAGCUCUCACAUCUAUGGACUUUUCUCUGAUACAGUUGUGGCCUAUGAGAUUGUUCUUGCAGAUGGCCGAGUUGUCAGAGCCACCAGGGAUAAUGAGUACUCUGAUCUUUUCUAUGCUAUUCCAUGGUCUCAGGGAACAUUGGGGCUUCUUGUCUCUGCUGAGAUCAAGCUGAUACCCAUCAAGGAAUACAUGAGGCUGACAUACAAACCUGUGGUGGGAAAUCUGAAAGAGAUUGCACAGGCAUACAGUGAUUCUUUUGCUCCGAGAGAUGGAGAUCAGGACAACCCCGAAAAGGUUCCAGACUUUGUUGAAACCAUGAUUUAUACUCCAACGGAAGCUGUGUGCAUGACGGGUAGAUAUGCUUCAAAAGAAGAAGCAAAGAAGAAGGGGAAUGUGAUUAACGAAGUUGGGUGGUGGUUUAAACCCUGGUUCUAUCAGCAUGCCGAGAAAGCACUAAAGAAAGGGGAGUUUGUAGAAUACAUCCCGACAAGGGACUACUACCACAGGCACACUCGGAGUAUUUAUUGGGAGGGAAAGCUUAUCCUUCCAUUUGCUGAUCAGUGGUGGUUCAGAUUUUUGUUGGGCUGGAUGAUGCCACCCAAGAUUUCUCUGCUCAAGGCUACUCAAGGUGAAGCCAUUAGAAACUACUACCACGACAAUCACGUCAUUCAAGACAUGCUUGUUCCUCUUUACAAGGUUGGGGAUGCUUUAGAAUGGGUUCACCAUGAGAUGGAGGUGUACCCCAUCUGGCUCUGCCCUCACAGAAUGUACAAGAAUCCCAUCAAGACAAUGAUAUACACCGAACCAGGCUUUGAGCAACACCGCAGGCAGGGAGACACGCAUUACUCUCAGAUGUACACAGAUGUUGGUGUCUACUAUGCACCGGGCCCCGUCCUGAGGGGUGAGGUUUUUGAUGGUGCAGAAGCAGUUCGACGGAUGGAGAAUUGGCUGAUUGAGAAUCAUGGUUUCCAGCCUCAGUAUGCUGUGUCCGAGCUGAACGAGAAGAACUUCUGGAGGAUGUUUGAUGCAGGGCAUUACGAGAACUGCAGGAGGAAGUAUGGUGCUGUGGGAACAUUCAUGAGUGUGUACUACAAGUCCAAGAAGGGAAGGAAGACCGAGAAGGAGGUGCAGGAAGCCGAGCAAGCCAUCCUUGAGACUCCUAUCGCCGAGGUUGAUGAGCCAGUGGACUACUGAUUUUGAUUUUUUAGCUGGGGAUUCUGUUAGGACUUGUUGCUUUUCCUUUCGCCCUUGAUUUCUAGUCAGUCUGAUCUGAGUAGUUUCUUUCAUGUGAUGCUGCUUUAGCUCUGAUGUUCGAGUGUUUUUCGUAUGGAUUACGGGACUUUGGGUGUUUUUAUUGACUUGAGACUCGCGGGAUGUUUCUAUUGACUUGAAGACUCACGUUACCUUUAAUGAUGUUGCGUCGUCUUUUCGUUCUAA